UAAUUUUUAAAAUUAUUUUUCCGACCACAACCCAUAGAGGUGGAAUCGCCGACCGACGUCAUGCGAUCUUUGAUGGAGAAGCUGAAGCCCGAUAACCAUGGGUACCGUCUAGAUUCUGGGAUUCCGUUCCUUCUCAAAUAAGCAUGAGUCCUGUUUGAUGAGGUUGGUGAUGAAUGUGAUAGAACAGCAAUUCAGUUUACAUAUCAAAGACACCAGAAGGAAGCUAGGGCAGAAAAGGAACUGCAGGAAGAGUGAAGCCACGUGCAUAAUAACAGAAAUUGUUAUGGAACAGUCCAGAAGCACAACAACAUAUAAAGAGGGGAAAAUUGAAUUCAGAGGCAGGCAGAACUUGGUAUUCACUAGGAGAGUGGCGGACCUCUCGAAUGUCCAUAUCUAUAUCCUUGCAUAAACUUAACCAUUUUGUAUCUAUGUUACUGCAUUGUGUACAAUCAAAAUUUUCCCAAGUAUCAUGGUGCAGAUCUCUGCGCUCCCUUAAGCAUGAGCAUUUUGAAGGCUAGAUCCAAUGAUGAAAAAUCGGCUGACAAAUUCUCACAGAUUCAAACGCCAAGGAAACAAUCAAGUUGACGUGAUGGAUGACUUAAUGGGUUAAUGUCCAAAGUUUUCUUCCGGAUCAGACAAAUUAUGCCUAAGGGAAUGUAUACGAUACAAGACAGUUUGAAUAAAAGUAGAGUUGUGAUCAGCAAAAAUGGAGACCUUAACACCAGCAAAGAGAAAUGAGUGCCUGGUUUUUGCAGUAAAUGGAGAGAAAUUUGAAGUCCCAAAUCUUGAUCCUUCCACUACUUUACUCGAGUUCUUGCGCUCUCGUACGCGUUUCAAGAGUGUCAAACUUGGCUGUGGUGAAGGUGGCUGUGGUGCUUGCGUUGUUCUGAUGUCAAAGUAUGACCCUGUAAAUAAGCAGAUUGAGAAUUUUUCUAUGAGUUCGUGUCUUACGCUCCUCUGCAGCAUAAAUGGCUGUUCAAUUACUACGAGUGAAGGCCUUGGAAAUACUAGAGAUGGUUUUCAUCCAAUUCAUCAAAGGUUUACUGGCUUCCAUGCUUCUCAGUGUGGCUUUUGCACUCCAGGAAUGUGCAUGUCCCUAUUCUCAGCUCUCGUUGAUGCUGAAAAAACAAGUCGGCCUGAAUCUUCACCGGGAUUCUCCAAGUUGACAGUUUCAGAAGCUGAAAAGGCUAUAGCAGGAAAUCUUUGUCGCUGUACUGGUUAUCGUCCUAUAGCUGAUGCCUGCAAAAGUUUUGCUGCUGAUGUUGACAUGGAGGAUCUGGGGAUCAAUUCUUUUUGGAGAAAGGAAGAUUUGAACGAAGUUAGAGCGAGCAGAUUACCAACUUAUCAUCCAAAGAAUCAUAAUUGUACUUAUUCUGAAUUCUUCGGAGAGGAAAACCAGUCUGAUAUGCUUUUGAAUUCUGAAUUGUACUCAUGGUACACUCCUGCAUCUAUUGAGGAGCUCCAAACCUUGUUGUAUCCCAAUGUGUCUGAAAAUGGUAUGAAAAUUAAGCUAGUUGUUGGCAACACAGGCACUGGUUAUUACAAAGAAACAGAAAAGUAUGACAAGUAUGUUGAUCUGAGAUAUAUCCCCCAGCUUUCAGUGGUUAUAAAAGAUAACUCGGGCAUUGUAUUUGGAGCAGCUUUAUCCAUUUCCAAAGUUAUUUUCAGUUUAAAGGAAGAAAAUGAAGAGAACUUAAGCUCGGAAGGAAAACUGAUUUUUACGAAACUCGCUGACCAUAUGGAGAAAAUUGCUUCAGGGUUCAUAAGGAAUUCAGCAAGUCUAGGGGGUAAUUUGGUGAUGUCGCAGAGGAAUAAUUUUCCUUCCGACGUUGCUACAUUACUUCUUGCUGUAGAUUCUAGUGUCAGCAUACUGACAGGUCAUGACUGUGAAAAAAUUACAAUGGAAGAAUUCUUGUCGAGGCCACCAUUGGAUUCCCGAAGUGUGCUUCUAAAUGUUCACAUCCCAUAUUGGAAACAAACAAAAAGCAAUGGAACAAUAGAAUCGAAUUCUAGGUUGUUAUUUGAAACUUAUCGUGCUGCACCACGACCUCUUGGUAAUGCAUUACCCUAUUUAAAUGCUGCCUUCUUAGCUGAUCUUUCUUGCAAUAAAAGUGAAGUUCUAGUCAAUAAUGUACGAUUGGCUUUUGGUGCUUAUGGGACAAAGCACGCAACAAGGGCAAAUAAAGUCGAGGAGUAUCUAUCUGGAAAUUUAGUUGGUGUUAGUUUACUAAAUGAAGCAGUCAAAUUGGUAAAAAGCUCAGUGGUACCUGAAGAUGGCACUUCACAUGCUGCUUACCGGUCAAGUUUAGCUGGCAGUUUUCUCUUUGAAUUUCUCUUUAGCUUCAUUGAGAUUGAUUACAAGAUUUUUGCUCAUGGAUUGGAUAACACAUUACGGGAAGAAGCUGAAAUCAUCAAUAAUAGCAAUCUUUUGCUGUCAUCUGGAAAACAGUUUGUGGACUCGAGUAAAGAGUGCUAUCCAGUAGGUGAACCGAUGACAAAAUUUGGUGCCGCCAUUCAAGCUUCUGGUGAAGCUGUGUAUGUGGAUGAUAUUCCAUCACCUCCAAAUUGCCUGCACGGAGCAUUUAUCUACAGCACCAAGCCUUUAGCACGAGUGAAGGGAAUUUCCUUCAAAUCUAAUUCACUACCAGAUGGGGUUACUGAUGUUAUCUCUUCAAAAGAUAUCCCAAAAGGAGGAGAAAAUGUAGGGUGUACUGCCAUGUUUGGUUCCGAAUCUUUAUUCGUUGAUGAUCUUGCUACUUGUGCUGGUGACCUUAUUGCUCUUGUGGUUGCAGAGGCAAAAAAGCACGCAAAUAUGGCUGCCAAAACAGCUCUGGUUGAUUAUGAUACCGAGAGUCUAGAUUCUCCCAUUUUAACCGUUGAAGAGGCUGUGAAGAGAUCAAGUUUCUUUGAAGUUCCUCCUUUCUUAUAUCCAGAAAAAGUUGGUGAUUUCUCUGAAGGAAUGGCUGAAGCUGAUCAUAAGAUUCUCAAUGCUGAGAUUAAACUUGGCUCGCAAUACUAUUUCUAUAUGGAAACACAAACUGCACUUGCAGUUCCAGAUGAAGAAAAUUGCAUGGUGGUUUAUAGUUCGAUUCAGUGCCCUGAGUUUGCACAUAUUGUAAUUGCAAGAUGUCUCGGAGUUCCGGAGCAUAAUGUCCGUGUUAUUACGAGAAGAGUUGGUGGGGGCUUUGGUGGAAAGGCAUUAAAAGCAAUGCCUGUUGCUACAGCAUGUGCACUCGCAGCACAUAAAUUACGUCGCCCAGUUAGAAUAUAUCUAGAUCGUAAGACGGACAUGAUAAUGGCAGGAGGAAGACAUCCCAUGAAGAUAACUUACAGUGUUGGAUUUAAAUCCAAUGGGAAGAUCACAGCUCUGCACCUUGACAUACUAAUUAAUGCUGGGAAUACUAUAGAUAUAAGCCCCAUAAUGCCGAAUAAUAUUAUAGGCGCACUUAAAAAGUAUGACUGGGGUUCUCUGUCUUUUGAUAUAAAGGUAUGCAAAACAAACCUUACUAGCAAAUCGGCUAUGAGGGGGCCAGGGGAGGUGCAGGCAUCUUAUAUUGCUGAAGCUAUAAUGGAACAUGUUGCUGGUAUGCUGUCAAUCGAAGUGGAUUCUGUCCGGGAAAAAAAUCUUCACACAUACGAAAGUUUAUUGUUGUUCUAUGGGAGUGCUUCCGGGGACUCAAUGGAGUAUACUUUGCCCUCUAUUUGGGAUAAGGUGGCCAGAUCUUCGAGUUUUACUGAAAGAGUUGCAACAGUAGAACAAUUUAAUCAGCUCCAUAUUUGGCGGAAAAGGGGUAUUUCUCGAGUACCAAUUAUCCAUGAAGUGCUUGUUAGACCUACCCCAGGUAAAGUUAGCAUUCUUUGGGAUGGAUCCAUUGUUGUGGAAGUUGGAGGGAUAGAACUGGGGCAAGGGCUUUGGACAAAGGUUAAACAAAUAACUGCUUAUGCUCUUAGUUCAAUCCAAUGCGACGGAACUGAAGAACUAGUUGAGAAAGUACGAGUUAUACAGUCGGACACCUUGGCCUUGGUGCAAGGAGGAUUUACUGCUGGGAGCACUACAUCAGAAUCAAGUUGUGAAGCUGUCAGACAAUGCUGCAAUGUCUUGGUUGAAAGACUAGCCCCUCUUAAGAAAAAGUUGCAAGAGCAAAUGGGUUCUGUAAAAUGGGAUGAUCUGAUUCUUCAGGCACAUCAUCAAUCAAUAAACUUAGCAGCACAUUCUUUCUUUGUACCCAUGCCAAGUUCUCAGCAGUACUUGAAUUAUGGUGCUGCAGUCAGUGAGGUAGAGAUAAAUAUUCUGACCGGAGAAACAAGAAUAUUGAGAACAGAUAUUGUCUAUGAUUGUGGACAGAGCAUGAGCCCUGCCGUCGAUUUGGGACAGAUUGAAGGGGCUUUUGUACAAGGAAUUGGAUUUUUCAUGCUUGAAGAGUACAUUACAAAUACAGAUGGCCUGGUGGUUUCAGACAGCACAUGGACUUACAAGAUCCCAACCAUCGACACUAUACCGAAACAGUUCAAUGUUGAGGUUCUAAAUAGUGGACAUCACCGAAACCGUGUUCUCUCGUCCAAAGCUUCUGGUGAACCGCCAUUGCUUCUGGCAGCAUCAGUUCACUGUGCUACAAGAGCAGCCAUUGAGGCGGCCAGGAAACAGCGUAAUUCGUGGGGAGCGCUAGACGAGACUGAUUCAACGUUCCAGUUGGAGGUUCCUGCUACAAUGCCUGUCGUUAAGCAACUCUGCGGCCUUGAUACGGUCGAGAGGUAUUUGCAAAGCUUGGUCACUUGUAAUGGAACUUGAACAAUAUUAUGUUUUCGCACACUCAAAAUACGUACAUAGAUACACUAUAGGAUGAGCAAAUUUACAACCUUGAGCAAUUAUAGUGUUGUUGUAAUAACCUUUUCUUGGAAUAAGUGUUUCUCAGACAGAAAUAAGAGACAUUAGACAUUUCAAUACA